AUGAUGUACUCGCCAAGGUCCUUUCCCUACCUCCAGCACUCGUCUCCGCCAUCCUCACGCACCUCCCGCUCCAGGCCUGAAAAGAUGGGCACGCGAACGCGAUCCAGUCCCUCUCCGAGAAGUGUCAUGCCAGUCACUGUGGGAACCAACACGCAAUCUAUGAAUAAGAACGGGUCCCUCUCACAUACCGAGGCUACAACCAUGUCUCAGCCCGUCGUUAUCCCUCCUCGAACCCCCAUCAAGUCGGCGACUUCAACACAGACUGUGAGAAUGAGGGGACACAAUGGAGGCAGACCGUCUCGCAAUUCACAGAGCCACGAUGCGAAAGCACUACCACCGGCUGUUGCAGCCUUGCUGGCCGUUACCGCUAUCCCCAAGAUGCCCACCCGCCGACGACCGCGCACUACCACCGAACGGAGGAUAUCCAUGGACGAACUGAUACAGGAGUGGAAGCAGGACGAUUCCGACACUCCGCCCUCACUUGUCGGCUCCCCCAUGGACCUGCUUCUUGGUCGCGUGGACGAGUCGGACGAUGAGUACAGCAGCGUUCUGAGCAUGGAGCAAGAGAAGGGCUCUUUCCUGACGUCUAGGUCCAUCUCGAGCGACUCAAUAUCCACCCUACCGCCUUCCCUGGACUACGAAGACCCCUCGUUCGCGUCGCAUUGGGACAAUCUCAGCACACCAGAUUCCCUGGGCAGAAAGUCACUGCCAGAGCGCAGGGAGAAGAUUGUCUCUUCACCACCAAAGGAGGACUGCGUCUUGGACCAUCCCCUGCUCCAUUUUGGCCCGGACGAAUGCGAGGACAUUAUUGCGACAGACAUCAACGAGACCGUCACUCCAGUACCUUCAAACGAACGAUUCAGGUCAUUCAAGUCAAAUCUGACUGCAUCACUCCAAGCACUCAAGUCAGCUGCCAAGUCCUUCUCCAACUUCACAGCUCCCAGCGUUCCGCCGGAUGAUUUCCUCACUCGGUCGCUGUUGGCACCCAACUACACAAGCGAGAUGCGACCGAAACACGUCGAAGGCCUGCCAUCACCCGAGUUGCGACGGUAUCUCAACCCACAGCCCUCACCAAUCUCACCGACUGAGUUGUCAAUGCAUUUACACGACUCUCUUACCCUCGAUGCCGACGCCGAACCCCACGCGCCGAUGAUCCAAAUGCAGACAUACGAACGCCGAGGGCGAUCGCAAAAGUCGCGCCGGAGUCGCUCCACGGAUCCCUUUUCCGAAGCAGGACGCGUCCUGUCAACCGACGCACCUACCGUCCGGCAGCGCGAGCCACGCGAGAAUAGCGACUUUCUACGUGUCAUCGUUCUCGAAAUGAACAUGCGCCGCGUGGGCAAGCUCGACACAAAGGCCGUCGGCAAGGCGCGUAUUUGGUUGCCGCCAAGAAAGCCUGGGUCUAGCAAAGCACCUUCCCUUCACGGCGCAAGCGGUGUGCCGCUUAGAUGGACUCCCGUUACCGCUGCGUGA